AUGCUAACCGACAAACGGCAACCUAUCCGUUGCCGUGCGUUGCUCGAUACUGGAUCCAGCAUGAACUUCAUUAUUAGAAGACUAGCCAAUUCCCUUAGAAUAAGGCAAAAGAAGUGUUCGGUCCCAAUUGGAGUUCUCGAUACCUUAACGACGACGGCAAGGCGAUACAUAACGGCUACGAUCACGUCCACCGACGGCACCUAUGAACGUACAAUAACGUUCCUCAUCAUCCCGGCUAUCUCGACCCUGAUCCCAAGUCAACACAUAGAUCGCUCGACAUUGGAGAUACCAAAGAAUAUCAAGCUGGCCGAUCCACGAUUUCAUGUGCCAGGUCCGAUCGAUGUCUUACUGAGCUCAGGUACGAUACUUGCGUCGAUGUGCGUCGGACAGAUUAAUCUGACGCAACCAGACGAGCUGGAGCUGCGUUUACAAAAAACCCGAUUCGGCUGGGUAAUCGGGGGGAGUCCAACUUACCAAAUCGCGACAAAUGCAUUCCACGUCUCCACAACGGCUCUGCAAGCUGACCUCACGUGGUUUUGGGAAAUUGACGAAGGACCCCCGAUUCAACACCUCUCAGAGGCAGAGCGACGAUGCGAAGAACACUUCCGAGAUCACGUCCGAGUCACCAGCGAAGGACGAUACAUCGUCGCCCUCCCCUUUAACAACCAGGUCUCAUCCCUUGCAUCAUCCAAGGCACUAGCGAUGAAACGACUCGCGUCACUCCACCGCCGAUUCCAACGCGAUAACUCAUACGAAAUCGCGUAUAGUAAUGUGAUCCAAGAAUAUGUAGACCUGGGUCACAUGACGAAGAUCGACACUGAUCACCCCGCUAACCAGGAGUAUUAUCUGCCACAUCACGGCGUGAUCAAGGAAUCAAGCGACACCACUAAGCUCCGGGUUGUGUUCGAUGGAUCAGCGUCAAACAACACUGGAGUAUCACUAAACGAUACUUUGCUCACCGGACCAAAGUUGCAGGAGGAUCUAUUCGACAUUCUACUGGCAGACGAUUGGCAGACGACGAGGGACACCAAUUCCCACGAGCGUCAUUGGUAUUACAGCGCGAUUUCUACGUAG